UGAUAGGGCGGAUGAACCAGGCAUGGGGGGCACGCCUGUGCUCCAGUGCUUUGGAGGCAAGGGUUGGUGGAUCACGUAGGGAUUUGUGAAAACUCCCGAACCCGCCAGGCUGUGAGGUGGUGGCAAGGGCAUGAGCAUCGAUAUUGAUCGAUGUAAUCGUUACAUACGAUUGAGCGGUGGCGUUUUGGUUAUCACACUGCGUUAUAAAAAACCUGGUCAUGACUGGCCAUGACUUAACAUCAGUGACGAGUAAAAUCUAAACACGACUUGGCUCUCACGCCCUUCAACAACCCUCACCGACCAGCGUGGCAACAAUCUAUCGUCAAACAAACCGUCGUGACCUACACGGCGUGGGAGGAGGGGAGGGGGGGGAGUCCAUCAUCCAGCAGUGGAUUUCCAAAGGCCUGUGAUUACUACAUAGUCGCCAAGUGCCUACCACAAUCCCUCCUGCGCCACUGCAGCAAUGGUUCACAUUCAUAGCCACGCGGCGGGAGGUCUCUUGUGCUCAUUAAGGGAGGCUCUCCAAGCUGAAAUAUUCAGCAUCUGUUUGUGUCGUCUUGUAAGGGAGAGAUUCAAUCUCGUCUGUGUGCUGGGAAAGGAAUAUAAUCACUCCGUUCUCUCGGGCCAGAUUCACGCCUUGAACCAAGAAAGGUGAAACGCAUCGCCCUGGUUUUUUAUGUUGAAGACCAAAAAAAAAUCAAAGGUUUCGUUAACGAAACACGCAUUCAAAAUUUCCAUCCUCUGACCGAGUGAGGCUUUCCUUGGUAAAUAAUUACCAUCGUAAUAUAUAUACGCACACACACACGCACGCGCGCGCGCACUCGAAUACGUGCCAGUCUGUGUGCCUGUGUGUUUAUUGGGCGUCAUCCCCCCCAGGUCGCGUGCCAUACGAACGCCGGCGAGACGUCAAAGUCUCGUUUCCUCCCCCGUUCCGUCUCAUUCUUCCCCAUCCUUAUUUUCAACCCCUCCUCUUUAAUCUCCUCCUCCUGCUGCUGCUGCUCCCUCCGUAUUGUUUUGUUGAGACCCUGUCUCUCGUGCCAGCAAAGAGCGGCUCUCGCUUCGCUCUGCUUCUCCCGUUGAAUCUUCCUCGGUGUCGUGGGUCGCCGCAGGAGUCGCUGCUGCUGCUGCCGCUGCUGCCGCUGUUGUUGUUGGAGGCCAGUGACGGGAGAACGGAGGAGGAGGAGGUCACAGCCAUGGCCGAGGAGACGCCCGAGGUCAAGGACUCCUCCCGAAAGUCUAAAAAGAGAGGGAAAGACCGUAGCGAAGAUGAGCUCACCCGUCUCUUCUCGGGAGACGGCGUGAGCUACCGAGCCAAGAUCAUCGGCUCUGACCCAGUGCCUGGUCCCUCCGGACACAAGAUCUGCCAGGAUGCAAUGAUGAAGCUCAAGGCAGUGGCGUCGACCUCGCGUUCCCGGGGCCAGCACAAGCAGCGCGUGCUCUUCAGCAUCUCCUUCAAGGGCAUCCGCAUCUCUGAUGAGAAGAGCGGAACCACCGAGUACGAGCACCCAAUUGGCUUAAUCUCUUACAUCGCCCGCGACGUCUCGGAUCCGCGCGCCUUCGGCUACGUGUGCGGAGCGUCUGGAGCCCAUUGCUUCUACGCCGUCAAGACUGUACAGCAGGCCGAGCCCGUGGUCAUGGACAUUCACGACGUCUUCCAGCUGCUGGGCAGCAGGAAAGGGCAGCAGCCCCAGGUAGCCGGGGGAGACGCGACCUUGCACCUCGACGAACAGAAGAACUUUGUGCAACUGGCUUUGUUUGGGGAGAUCAGCACCUCCGUGGAGCCCAACUCUCCCAUGACCCCCGCUGAAGAAGGGUGGUCGAACCCCACCUGGGGUUCGCCGUGCAACAUCCCAGUGCUCAUCAGGGACCCUGCGAGACUCCAGAAUGAAUACCCACCCGGGGGCCCUGGCUCAGUGGCUCACGCGGGAGGCAGCACGGCCGGGAAUGUCACAAUAUUUCUGGACGGGACGUGCGGAGGCGAGACCGACACAGACGACCCCGAUCCUGCGUCUGUCCAGGCCCUGGACAACAUGGAUAUCUACGCAUCCAUCUCCAAGCCCUCCCAACCACAGGUGCAGCAGGGUGGCGAUCCCUUCGCUCUUCCGCCGCUCUCCUUCGACGAUAAUUUCGCAGCCUCCAUGGGGCAUGCAUUGCCGGCGGCUUUGGCGGGGCCACCCGGCGGUCCGGAGUCGGGCAGGGUCCCACUGAGCAUCACGAUUCCCGCACCCCGGGGAGCCGGGCUUUCUGUGUCGGCCACGGUGAGCAGCCCAGCUUCUCUGGCUGGAACUCCUCAAGCUGUGCCACCUUCAGGUGUACUAGGAUUGCAGCAGCAGCAGCAGCGACAACAGCAGCGGCAGCAGAAGCAGCAGACAGCGCCCUGGAUGCCGCAGAUGACCCAAGCAGCUGCUGUUCUGGCGAGCAUGGCCAGUCAAGCGACCGCGCAGCAAAACUCAGCGUCGUCGCAGGCCGCACGAGCCGACGUCUACAGGGAGGCGUUUGCAGGCCUCGAGCAGCCGGCGGCACCUGUCUCUCAAGCGGCGUGGCCCUCGCCGGGUCAGGCCCCCCAGCCAGCGUGGCCUUCACCGGCUCAAACUGGCCAGCAAGCGUGGCCCUCGCCGGGUCAGGCCCCCCAACCAGCGUGGCCUUCACCGGCUCAAACUGGCCAGCAAGCGUGGCCCUCGCCGGGUCAGGCGGCCCAGCAAGCGUGGCCUUCACCGGCUCAAACUGGCCAGCAAGCGUGGCCCUCUCCACACCAAGCAUUUCAGCCAGAGUGGCCUCAAAACCAAGCCUUUCAGCCCGUGUGGCCAUCCCAAGAGCAGGCCUUUCAGCAGCCCAGCUGGCCGGCCCCCCACGUGGGGCCCGGCAGUGGCGGCGGCACUCAGCCAUUCGGCGUGGGCGCGACGCCGGAGCUGGAGUUGGAGCUGGCCCUGGGCGGGGAGCCCGUGGUGAGCGUCUUCCCGGUGGCCGCCCCCCAGCCGCAAGCCGCCCCCCAUGCCGGGCCCGCGCGGCCCCCCGCAAGUGCGGGGCCGGACCCGUUCAGCGGCCUCAUGGGAGGUGUGCAGGCCACCACCAAGUGAGUGGCCACCCUUUGGAUAUGGAGUGAACAGAGCAUCGCGGCGUGACCACACGCGUACAACUUCUCUCCGUUCUCUCGAACACCUUCCCACACACCUAUACUGUUCGGCACUUGGAUUGAGACCAACCAUCGCUCCCUCGGCGUUUCCAACAUGAUGUGUUCAUCUUCGCCGGCCAAAUAUACAAACAUGCCUGACGAUUGCUGAAACAUGACACGUAAACACUCUUAAUGUCCACCGGUGCCCUCUCCAAGUCGUGCGGUACAAGAUCUUUGACAAUUGGAAUCAGGCUCUGGAGCCAAAACCCCUUCCCCACAAUAUAGCCGUCACAAACUUUCGAGGCAAGUGCUUUUCACACGGGCGCCUAUGAAGGCCGGCAUGGCAAACGAGGGGGCGGGAGGCCAGCAACCGCGCCCGACCGCCUUUGUCUCCCCCGUGGAAAACCACGACCGCCACUGCCACCAGCAGCAUCAUUCCCACGUACCUAUGGAAACACACGUUCACACCUACACACACGCAAACCAACAUCUCCCCCCGCUCUCUCUGUUUCACGUGGGGAAGUGUUUGUUUAGCAUCUGACGCGUGAAGCGUGGAAAGACUUCCGUUUAUGUUUGGAUGGAAAAUAUUGGUCAAUGUUGAGAGGUGGGCCGUUGUGAGCGGCGAGUGCUGGAGUCAGAAAAUCCUGCUUUAGAUUUCCACAGAUGUUCAGACCCUUGACUUUGUAGGCUAUGUUACCUGUACCAGUAAUACAGUACCAAUCAACGAUUACAAAUGCACUUACAAAAAUCCAGAAUUGCACGUGAAAAUUGUACUUAGAUUAGUCAAUAGAUUGAAAACGUAUUUUUGUGUGUAGUUUGUUGUCCUUCCCCCGCACCUCCGAUUAGCACGGUUGGCUACGUACGGCACGAAAGAAGUUCAACAACACACAUUCGGCACAUGCAGCAUACAUCAACUUUGUCUCGUUUUGCGCAACUGCCAGUACAUUUUAACACGUGUGGGUUCAGAAUAAACGUCUUGGUAAAUGCAACGUUCCUGUAUUUUAUGUAAAAAAAACUAACAACAAUAAUAAAAUACUUUAAUAAUAUUAAAUCAUCAUAGCGUUCGCCUAUUGCCACGUCACUGUCGUGUAUCACCUGCAUUGUAAAUUUCCGCGGAGCGGUGGUGCAUCGGUUGGUGCGCCGACCACUGAACCAGCCUUUCUGAGUGCGAUUCCUGGCGACGGCUAACGUCAUUGCCGAGAUGUGAACCGUGGGACCGCAGAUUUUCUGUUCCCCUCUUUCCUUGUUGCGGUUUGCGCUUUGUACCGGGCACGCGUUGAAUGGAAGGGUGGAAAACGAUAUGUUACAAAAAAAACGAUAUGUAUUGUAGUUGCAGCAAUUCGGAGACAAGGGUUUCCAGGAGGCACCUUCUUUAUGAACACCUCCACACUUCACAGGUUCGCCCUCGCACUCUCCCGAGUCGUCUAGCCUCGCCUAAACACAACCCUAACCGUGUAACACUGACGGGGCUGACCGAGACAGCCAACAACUAUCCAGCGGCGCAAUAUCUAGCAGCGACGACGAGACGAGUUCACUCCCAGAUCCGGCAGCCCCGAGCUCCCGCUCUCAGCUGCUUUUAUGCCACCCGGCGCGGCCUGGCUCCGCCCUGGCCGCGCCUCCCUUCUAGAACCCACUCGCAGGUUCCAGGGGCUUCCAGACGGGGGUCUUCUAUGACCCUUGACCCCCCAGUUCCUCCGCCCUGCCGACACACA